GGGGUAGACAACCAAUAAACUGCAACUUAAUUGAACAAUUUUACAACUCUCCAGUCUCAGACUCAUUCUUUGCUUUAGAUUACCAUUGAUAAAACUUAUGCAGAAGAUAGCAAGACUGAGGAAGCUAAGCUCGCUCCAACCAUGAAGACAGCAAGGGAAUCAAAGAGAACUGUAAAAAAGGCAAGAAAAGAGCCACAGAAGCCUCUUUGCUCAAUUUGUUAUGAAUAUAUUGAGCUCAAGCAAAUAGUUCCACUUGAAUGUGGCCAUAUCUUUCACCCUAUAUGUGUUAGAAGACACAUCAGAGCCAAAGUUGAUGCUAGAUUCCUACCAAUUGCAUGACUCGACACUAACUGUGGUGAGGAACUAACAUCCUCAGAGCUUGAAUUUUUCUGCAACAAUAGACUAUAUGAAAGAUUAAUAAAAAUCCAAAAAGAGCUUCUAAUUCUACAAAAGCACAUUUUCUAUAUCCAGUGUCCCACUCAGGAAUGCAAAUUUAUGGGUGAAUGGAACAGAGACGAAGAUAACUCUUACAUUUACUGUACCGAUUGAAACCUUGAAUACUGAGCUUCAUGUAGAGUCAAGUUCCACUACAACACUAGCUGCAAGGAUUACAGAGAGGCAAAUGAUUUGCCUGAACCAGAUUUUGAGAGUAUUAAAACUCAAAUCUUCAAGGAUCUGGUAGGAAGCGAUCUUGGACUCCAGCAAUGCACAAAUUGUAAGUACAUUGUUGAGAAGAACCGCGGUUGUGACCAUAUCAGAUGCUUUUGUGGAUAUGACUUCUGAUAUAAAUGUGGAGGCAAGUACCGUCACUGUGACUGAUAG